AUGAUGUCGCAGCCGCAAAGGGAGACGAGGUCGGCGUCCACUGGACACGUUCACUUUUAUGACUCUGAAGUGACGCCAGAACACACGGGCGAAAUAAAAAUGCGGCUGUCUCCGGGGUUGGAUCAGGCGGAUGCUCAUCUCGGGUUCAUUCAAGUUGGCAAAUUGUAUGAAAUAUCAUUAAACAUUCCUCGCUACCUUGAAGACGCGACAGUUCCAGAGCUUCGUGCGGCAAAGCUUCGCAUAAAGAAAUUUUCGCCCUUUGACCACUCUUCUUGCCAUCUUGUUCUUGAGCUUCAUUCAUACAAAGAAGGGUCAAUGAACGAAGAAAUCAGCUUUUCUUAUGGUAUAAACAAGACUUUCAAGCUUAUUCUGUCCGCUCAGGUGUUAGGUCAUGGAAAAGGCACUCCAAUGCUUAAGCAAGGAAUAAAAUGCAUUGGAAAUGAAGCAUUUGAGAACAUGUCUGACGUCGGUGAAACGGGUGAUUCUGAGACAGAUGUCGGCAAGACGGCUCCGAAAGAAACACAGAUCUGA